GUACACAGAUUGUGAUGGAUACUGGAUACUUGACACCACAAAUCAAACAUCCCAUGCUCUCUUUUGAAAAUAAUUUUUUUUUGUUUAAUUUAUCAAGAAAUAGUACAUUGGAUAUUGUGAAAAAGAACGCCAAAUCUAUAUUUCCAGAAGAUAGAAAAUUAAAGGAGAACAGCAGCUAUAUUUAGAAAAAAAAGGUAGAAGUGAAAGUCUGAAAGUGCCCAGGAACCUUCUAGUUCCCUUUCAAAUAUAUUUAGGAAAAAAAAAAACAGAAGUGAAAUCUGAAAGUACUCAAGAACCUACUAGUUCCCUUUGAAGGAAGAGUCACAUCCUUAGUUGAGUUCCAACACUCUCUCUGUCUCUCUGCCCAUAACUCUCUGUUCAUUCUACUUUAGUAAAUGUGAGAUACUACUAAUAAACUAUUAUUAUUGUUGUUCCUGCUCUUUAAUUAGUAACAGUAUAGUUAACUAGCAUAUUUGGGGAUGCAACAAACUACAGUCUAACCAUCCAUUUAUAGGUGUCUCUGGUCAGUUUGUACAUACAAACUACAAUAAAGGUUUUAGCAUACAAACUACAAUAAAGGUUUUAGCAUCAUUAGGCUAUUCAUCUUCGUAGUUUUAAAAAACCUAAUAGUAGUAUUAUAAUUUAUUUAUUUAGUUAUAGAGUGCAUAGCUUAGAUUUUAUAUGGGAGUUUAUGUUCCCUUGUCGCAUUUAAGGAUAUAUCAUUAUGUACGUUAAAGAAGAGAAUAAAGAUGUUUUCUCACAUCUCUUUUGUGUGUUAUAUAAUAAUAGAUGUUCACUACAGAAAACGUACCAAAACGCACCAAACAUCCCCAAAACGCAAACGCUAAUAUUCCUUAGCUGUCGUGGCCUAGUAUCAAUCACUCCUGAGUGUCUCUUCUUUUGUCAGCUUCUCUCUCUCUCUUAUUUCUAUCUUUUUAAAAGAUAGCAACAAGUGAAACCAGCAGAACCACAUUUUCUUUCCUUUCUUUCUCAUUUGUCCUUUCUAUUUCCAGGCUCUCUUCAGUUCAUACAUAGAGAGAGAGAGAGAUUACAUCUCUUUCUCUGUCUGAGUAAAAGGAAACCAAAAACACUCACCAUGGAGUUACUAACGGGUUCUGGUCAGAACCAGCCCGAGUCGGCUGGUUCCUCGUCUACUACACUAAGUGGUGGACUCAGGUUUGGUCAGAAGAUCUACUUUGAGGAUGGAUCCGGAGCCGGGUCAAGCAAGAACCGUGUUAAAAGUACUAGUCGUAAGUUGAUGACAGCUAGGUGCCAAGUGGAAGGUUGUAGAAUGGAUCUAAGCAAUGCUAAAACUUAUUACUCAAGACACAAAGUGUGUUGCAUUCACUCAAAGUCAUCUAAAGUCAUUGUCUCUGGUCUUCACCAAAGGUUUUGCCAGCAAUGUAGCAGGUUUCACCAGCUUUCUGAGUUUGACUUAGAGAAACGAAGUUGUAGAAGACGGCUCGCUUGCCAUAAUGAACGAAGAAGAAAGCCACAAGCAACAACAACUCUCUUGACUUCUCAUUACUCUCCAUCUCUAUAUGGGAAUGCCAUUAGAAGCGUUUUGGGAGAUCCUACUAGGUGGUCAACCACAAGAGGUUCUGCACCAUGGCAAAGCCAUCAGCUGAUGAAUGUUUUCUCAUAUGGAAGCUCAGGCUUUACUAAUAGCACAGACUCCAGCUGUGCUCUCUCUCUUCUGUCAAACUACACAAACCCAAACCAGCAGGAACAACAACAACUUCAGACACCAACCAAUACAUGGCGACCAUCUUCUAUUGCUGCUGAUAGGGUAACAAUGGCUCAGACACCACCCGUUUCAGUCCAGAAUCAAUACUUGAACCAAACAUUGGAGUUCAUGUCAGGGGAAAAAAGCAAUGCGCAGUAUACAACUCCUGUUUUGGGACUGAGCCAAAUCUCUGAGCCAGUUGUUGAUUUCCAGAUAAGCAAUGGCGCCACGAUGGGUGGAUUCGAGUUGUCUCUUCAUCAGCAGGUUCUGCGGCAAUAUAUGGAACCUGACAACACAAGAGCUUAUGACUCUUCCCCUCAGCAUUUCAACUGGUCUCUUUGAGUCUUUUUUUCUCUUUCACCCUCUAAAACACUUUUUUCUUAACUUGUUUAUCUGCACCAAGAGCCGUAUCUGUGGAAGAUUGCUACUAAGACUUAUCUGUUCUAUCUAUGCUACUUAAAAUCAGACAAUGAUGGCAGAAAAUGGCCUUUUGUUUUGGGUAUUACUUUAA